AUGGAUCCCAGUUUUAGCUCCUCACUGGACAAGGGGGAUGUGACCGCGCUCAGCCUGCCCACCACCACCGGGCAUGGUGACACCGAUGGCACCAUCUGCUUGGAUGUCCCUGAUGGUACCCCUGACCCUCACAGGACAAAAGCUGCCAUCGAGCACCUGCACCAGAAGAUCCUCAAGAUCACUGAGCAGAUCAAGAUCGAGCAGGAGGCUCGAGAUGACAACGUGGCCGAGUACCUGAAGCUGGCCAACAACGCGGACAAGCAGCAAGCCUCCCGCAUCAAGCAGGUUUUUGAGAAGAAGAACCAGAAGUCAGCACAGACCAUCGCGCAGCUGCACAAGAAGCUGGAGCACUACCACAAGAAGCUGAAGGAGAUCGAGCAGAACGGCCCUUCCCGGCAGCCCAAGGAUGUCUUCCGGGACAUGCACCAGGGUCUUAAGGACGUGGGUGCCAACGUUCGUUCCAGCAUCAGUGGUUUUGGUGGUGGUGUGGUAGAAGGUGUCAAGGGAGGGCUCUCAGGUCUGUCCCAGGCCACCCACACUGCCGUGGUCUCCAAGCCCCGAGAAUUUGCCAGCCUCAUCAGGAACAAAUUUGGCAGCGCAGACAACAUUGCUCACCUGAAGGACACGUUGGAUGAUGGGCACCCGGAGGAGGCUUCGCGGGCUCUCAGUGGCAGUGCCACCCUGGUCUCCAGCCCUAAGUAUGGCAGCGAUGACGAGUGCUCCAGUGCCACCUCCGGCUCGGCUGGUGGCAGCAACUCAGGGGCAGGACCCGGUGGCUUGGGGAGCCCCAAGUCCAACACACUGGACAGCCACCACAAUAACUUCGACACCAUCCUGGAGGAGCUCCGGGAGAUCAAGGACAGCCAGUCACACCUGGAGGACUCCAUGGAGGACCUCAAAGCUCAGCUGCAGCGGGAUUACACCUACAUGACACAGUGCUUGCAAGAGGAGAGGUACAGGUACGAGCGCCUGGAGGAGCAGCUGAAUGACCUCACUGAGCUGCACCAGAAUGAAAUGACCAACCUGAAGCAGGAGCUGGCCAGUAUGGAGGAGAAGGUGGCCUACCAGUCCUACGAGAGGGCACGGGACAUCCAGGAGGCAGUGGAGUCCUGCCUGACACGGGUGACCAAACUGGAGCUGCAGCAACAGCAGCAGCAAGUGGUGCAGCUGGAAGGGGUGGAGAACGCCAACGCCCGGGCGCUGCUGGGCAAGUUCAUCAACGUCAUCCUGGCCCUGAUGGCCGUGCUGCUCGUCUUCGUCUCCACCAUCGCCAACUUCAUCACCCCGCUCAUGAAGACCCGCAUGCGCAUCCUCAGCACUGCCUUGCUUGUCCUCUUUCUCUUCUUCCUCUGGAAGCACUGGGACUCCAUCACCUACUUUCUGGAGCAUGUCCUGCUCCCCAGCUGA